UUGACUUGGUAAAAUAAAAUCUCCUCAGCCACCGCAUAAAGGCAUUCGCAUCCUUCUCCCGAAAUUAAGAAAGCCAAACAAAGCCCAUUCGAUUUUUUGAUCCGAUGGGUGACAUAGUGAAGCAAAUAUUGGCGAAGCCGAUCCAGCUGGCGGACCAAGUAACCAAAGCCGCCGACGAGGCCAGCUCCUUCAAGCAGGAAUGCGGCGACCUCAAGUCCAAGACGGAGAAGCUGGCGGCGCUGCUCCGUCAGGCGGCGCGUGCGAGUUCCGAACUCUACGAGCGUCCCACGCGCCGCAUCAUCGACGAAACCGAACAAGUCCUCGACAAGGCCCUCGCCCUGGUCCUGAGGUGCCGCGGCAACGCCCUCAUGAAGCGCGUCUUCACGCUCAACCCGGGAGCCGCGUUCCGCAAGGUCUCCUUGCUCCUCGAGAACUCCACCGGCGACGUCUCCUGGCUCCUCCGCGUCUCCGCCGGCGACGGAGGCGGCGACUACAUCGGCGGGCUCCCUCCUAUCGCGGCGAACGACCCGAUCCUCUGCCUCAUCUGGGAGCAGAUCGCCGUCCUCCACACGGGCUCGGCGGAGGACCGGUCCGACGCGGCCGCGCAGCUGGUCUCGCUGGCCAGCAGCAGCGACCGCUACGGGAAGCUGAUAAUCGAAGAAGGCGGGGUGGGCCCACUUCUGAAGCUUCUGAAGGAAGGAAAACCCGAAGGGCAGGAACACGCGGCACGUGCCAUCGGGGUUCUGGGGCGUGACCCCGAGAGCGUUGAGCACGUGAUCCACGUGGGCGCGUGCUCCGUCUUUGCGAAGAUCCUCAAAGAAGGUCCUAUGAAAGUGCAAGCUGUCGUGGCCUGGGCCGUGUCGGAACUCGCCGCCAAUUACCCCAAGUGUCAGGACCUUUUCGCCCAGCACAACAUCAUAAGGCUACUCGUCGGUCACCUCGCUUUCGAAACCGUCGAGGAGCACAGUAAGUACACCAUUGUCAGCACCAAACCCACUUCCAUCCACGCCCUCGUCAUCGCCAGCACCAAUAACGUCAAGAUGGAAGAUCCAUUUCUCGACAACCAAAACAAAGCACGAAUGCCACAUCCCUUGGGUGAAAGACCACGAAAUCUCCAUAGAGUAAUUACUAGCACAAUCGCAAUGCACGCUGCCACCAAACACGGAAACGAAUCAAAUCCCAAGACCAAUGGAGUUGGUAAUGAUGCCAAGCAAGGAAAUCAGGAUCAGAAUCAGAAUCACCAGCCAAACUAUUCACAUUCGGGGAUAAACAUGAAAGGAAGGGAUCAUGAGGAUCCUAAGACUAAGGCUAACAUGAAGGAAAUGGCAGCGAGGGCUCUCUGGCAAUUAGCGAAAGGAAACUCGCCAAUUUGUCGUAGCAUUACUGAAUCAAGAGCACUGCUCUGUUUCGCUGUUCUUCUUGAAAAAGGAACGGAGGCUGUGCAGUACAAUUCGGCUAUGGCGGUGAUGGAGAUUACAGCAGUGGCAGAGAAAGAUGCUGAAUUAAGGAAAUCCGCGUUUAAGCCCAACUCUCCUGCUUGCAAAGCCGUUGUUGAUCAAGUGGUGAAGAUAAUAGAGAAAGCGGAUUCGGAGCUUUUGAUUCCGUGCAUAAAGACGAUUGGGAAUCUGGCGAGGACCUUCAAGGCGACGGAGACAAGGAUGAUAGGGCCAUUGGUGAAGCUUCUUGACGAAAGGGAAGCGGAGGUGUCAAGGGAAGCGUCGAUUGCGCUCACGAAAUUCGCGUGCACGGAGAACUACCUUCACGUGGAUCACUCCAAGGCGAUUAUAAUCGCCGGCGGGGCCAAGCACUUGAUUCAGCUGGUGUAUUUUGGAGGGGAAGAGAUGGUUCAGAUUCCAGCGCUGGUUCUGCUCUCCUACAUUGCAAUGCACGUCCCUGAUAGCGAGGAACUUGCUCAGGCUGAGGUGCUUGGAGUCAUUGAAUGGGCCUCCAAGCAAUCCUCCAUUGCUAAUGACCAAGCAAUCGAGGCCUUGUUGUUGGAGUCCAAGACCAAGUUGGACCUUUACCAGUCUAGAGGUCCUAGAGGAUUCCAUAAAUUGCAUUUGCAUCAGUAGGAUCAUUCUAAUUUGUAAAGGUUCUUCUUUUUUCUUUCUUUUUUUUUUCAUUCAUUUUUGUUCUUUCAUUCACUUCGCUGUGUAUACAAUCGAUUCACUUGUUCAAUUGUCCCGAUAAUAUUGUUUUUCCUCAUCCAUCUGUUCUAGUGUUCUACACCUCCUUCCUCUCCCUGUUACUCUAUACUCUACAAAGGUUGAAUUGCAUGCUCAACAGACCCUGUAUGUAUGAUUUCUGAUAAUAUUUUCAUGACACAAUUUUUAUUCAAAUGUUGAUAUAA